AUGUCGAUCAUUCAUAUUGUUCUUUUCAAGCUAAAGUCUUCGCUGAGCGAUGAGGAGAAGAAAGCUUUCUGCGAUGACAUGCUCGCGUUAAAGGGCACAUGUAUCCACCCGACAUCCCAGGAACCCUAUAUUAUUGCUGCGUCUGGAGGAGUCGAUAAUAGCCCAGAAGGCGCUCAGGGCGGCUUCACGCAUGGUUUCGUGGUCGAGUUUGCAUCGCCGCAAGAUCGUGACUACUACGUCUCGAGCGACCCGGUGCACCAGGCCUUUGUCAAAAGGAAUAGUCCGCAAUUUGACGAUGUUAGAGUCGUUGAUUACCAGAAAGGCGUUUACUAG